AGCAGAUUGUACCAUUCCAGACAGAGGUGCCUGUGAGCUUCACAGAACCUCAAGCUUUUCUCAAAGAGGGAGACACAGAGCAGACAACAGACACCAUGGGAUCCCUGUCAGUCUCUACCCACAGAGGACUUAUCCACUGGCAAGGGCUCCUGCUGGUUGUGUCGCUGUUUACCUUCUGGUGCCUGCCCACGAACGCCCAGUUCUCUAUUGCAUCAACCAAUGUUGCUGAAGGGAAGAAUGUGCGUCUGAGUCUCCUCAAUACACCUCAAAAUGCUUUAGGCUACAGGUGGUUCAGAGGAGAAAGGGAAAUACCUAAUAAUCUAAUCGCAGCUUAUUUCAUAUUGGAGAGAAAAUUUAUAAAUGGGCGUUUAUACGAUAGACGAAAGACAAUAGACCUCGAUGGAUCCUUGCUGAUAAGGAAGGUCACCAGGGAAGACAGAGGAAUGUACACCGUAGUGGCCCACCUUCCAAAUUCAGUACAACAAGUGGGAUUCGGACGGCUCGAUGUAUUCCAGCCUGUGAAAGUGCCCAUCCUCCUAACCAGCAAUAGCACGAUCACAGAGAAUGAAGACGCCGUGGUCUUGACCUGCUACACAAAUGCGGUUUCCAUUGAGUGGUUCUUCAACAGCAUGAAUCUGCGGCUCUCAGAGAGAAAGAAGCUGUCCGAGGACCGCAGAAGUCUCACCAUAGACCCCAUACAGAAGGAGGAUUCUGGUUAUUACCAGUGUAAAGUCUCCAACCCCAUCAGUUCUGCUGAAAGUUGGCCCCUUGAGCUGCAUAUGCAACAUGACUGACCCUCCUCCCCUCUUCUCUGUUAUUAAAUUCUAAAUAAAGUUUUUUGCAUUAUUAUAAUAGAUUUGUUCUGAAGGUGAAUAUUUCUUAAAAGAUUUGCACUGAGUCAAUAAAUACAUAACAAUGU